CAGGGAGGGUAAGCCGCGCGGCGGCAACCACUUCUUGCGACGUCGGCUGUCCCUCUGGUGAUCCGCCGGGCGUCGCGUUGUCUUGGGGCGCUCGCCCCGCCGAGCCCGAUGUGCGACCUGCUCGACUCGCAGCAGCCGGCGGAGAAACUUAGCAAGAUGAAAAAGUUACGGCGAACUUUGUCGGAGAGUUUCGGCCGACUAGCCUUGAAGAAAGAUGAUAAUGGCUUUGAUGAGAUAUGUGUCACAAAGAUGUCCACACGGAACUGCCAAGGAAUGGAUUCUGUGAUCAAACCCUUGGACACAAUUCCAGAAGACAAAAAAGUCAGAGUUCAGAGGACACAGAGCACUUUUGACCCAUUUGAGAAGCCAAAUAAUCAAGUAAAGAGAGUCCAUUCAGAGAACAACGCCUGUAUUAACUUCAAAACUUCAUCUACUGAGAAGGAAUCUCCUAAAAUCAGACGGCAUUCCAGUCCUAGCUCUCCAACAAGUCCCAAAUUUGGAAAAGCGGAUUCUUAUGAAAAACUGGAAAAACUAGGUGAAGGUUCAUAUGCUACAGUGUUCAAAGGGAAAAGCAAGGUAAAUGGAAAGUUAGUGGCACUGAAAGUGAUAAGACUUCAAGAAGAAGAAGGUACUCCAUUUACAGCUAUCAGAGAAGCGUCUCUCUUGAAAGGUCUAAAACAUGCUAAUAUUGUGCUGCUUCAUGAUAUCAUCCACACAAAGGAGACAUUGACACUGGUAUUUGAGUUUGUGCACACAGAUUUAUGUCAGUACAUGGACAAACAUCCUGGAGGACUUCAUCCAGAUAAUGUGAAGUUAUUUUUAUUUCAAUUGCUGCGAGGACUUUCGUACAUCCACCAACGUUACAUUUUGCACAGGGAUCUGAAACCCCAAAAUCUUCUGAUCAGUGACACUGGGGAGUUGAAACUGGCAGAUUUUGGACUUGCAAGAGCUAAAUCUGUUCCUAGUCAUACCUACUCUAAUGAAGUGGUUACCCUUUGGUACCGGCCUCCGGAUGUUCUCUUAGGCUCAACAGAAUAUUCCACUUGCCUUGAUAUGUGGGGAGUUGGUUGCAUUUUUGUGGAAAUGAUUCAAGGAGUUGCUGCUUUUCCAGGAAUGAAAGAUAUUCAAGAUCAGCUUGAAAGAAUAUUUCUGGUUCUGGGAACCCCAAAUGAAGAGUCAUGGCCUGGAGUUCAUUCUCUACCACAUUUCAAGCCAGAUCGCUUUACGCAGUACAGUGCUAAAAACCUUAGGCAAGCCUGGAAUAAGUUAAGCUAUGUGGAUCAUGCAGAGGACCUGGCUUCCAAAUUACUCCAGUGUUUCCCAAAAAACAGAUUGUCGGCACAAGCAGCUCUGAGCCAUGAGUACUUCAGUGAUCUUCCCCCACGGCUAUGGGAUCUAACUGACAUGUCUUCUAUUUUUUCUGUACCGAAUGUAAGGCUACAAGGAGAAGCUGGAGAAAGCACGAAAACUUUUGGGAAAAAUAUUUAUGGCAAAGGUCAAUCACAUGUUAAGCACUGAAGAGCAUUUUGAUUUCCUACAAAUUGUUGAGGAAUUAAGAUCACCGGACUAGAGGAGAGAAAAAACAAACAAGAUAGUCAACAUUAUAAAGACACCAUUAUCUGCUUCCUUUCUAACUGAUGGAUUUCAAUCACAAGAAAAAUUAUGCUGACAAGAUCUGUUUCCCCACUCCUUCUCAGUUUAUUUAAAGUACUGCACGUAUUUUGAUACUUUGUGAUUUGAGAGACAUUUGUGAAGAUUAAGCUAUUUGCUUUAUUGAUAUGUGGCAUAUUUGGCUUUUUUCCUUCUUUCAAUCUUUUGUGUUGGACUUUACUGGCUUUUUUUCACUGCAGUAUAAUACCUUUGUGAAGAUAUUUAAGUUUCACCAGCAAUGUCUUAAAUAUAGUAAGGCAACACCUUUGGUGUUCACACUUCCUUCAUAUUAUCUGUAGCUAAAAGACAGUCAUGGCAUGAAACAAUGUAUGUAUUCAUUGAGAGAUCCCACUCAUUUCACAUUUAUCAGAAUUCUAAGCUGAACAGGUUACAGGUUGGUUGUGACAGUCAGUGUCUUAUAAUUUUGCUCAUUUUUUAUUGCUAGGAAAUGUAAUGUUCUUUAAUUUAACCAUGGCAAUAAAUGCAUCUUAGUUAGAAUUUGGGCACUCUGCCUGUUUUGCAUAAAGUGGCAUAAUGGGCACAUAUAUAUUCAGAUAUUCUAGGCCCUUGUUAGAAAAGGGAUUUUUACUGUUCUACUGUUUUUGUGAUUCCAUUUUAACUUGUUCGUAUAUCUUGGUUCAACAAUAUUUUCUAAGAAGAAAACUAGAGAAGAUGAAGGAAAAAUGAGUUUACAUUUGGAUAAGCACUAUGAUAUAGAAACACUAGUUGCUGAAUGAGCCAUUAAAAAAUGCUAGCCUUGAAUAACCAUCCAAAUUACAAAUAUUUUCUCUUCCUAACCAAAGCACUCUUCCAGUUAUUUUUCUAUGAUAUUCAAAUGGUAGAAAAAAAGCACUAAAUAAUGCAUCUUCGUAAAACUGAUUUUCCCCUGUAAAUUGUUAAUUGUGAACUAAUAGGGGAUUUCUAUUCUCCCUGUCUUAAUGGAGGGUGGAAGGGAAAUGGAAGGCAGUGACUAGAUUUGCCUGCUACAUAUCAUUCCUAAUAUGACUAAUCGACUUUUAUUUUAGGAGAUGGGGAUGGAGCAAAUCCCUCCAAAAUAAAAGAGAAAUAUGGGUGGGGGGAUUUCUCAACUAUUUUACACAACCAAGAGAGCUACAUUGCCUCCAUAGUAUAACAGAUGCCUAAGAUUAUCUAUUUUUUGUAAUUUGAUUAUGGCAUCUUAAUGCUUUCAUAGAUAAAAGAUGGAAAACAGGGAUACAGGGAUCCAAUUUAUAGUUUGCUUUUGCUCCCUAAACUGAAGGCAUCUUAUUACUUGGAUCUGGCAAAUACUUGAUUUUGCAAAAUACUAAUUUUUAACAUAAGGCAGCCAUUGUCAAUAUGAUUUUGCUAUUACACUAUUCUCAACAAUUAUAUAUAAAUUAAAAUAUGUGUUUCUGUCCUGCCUGAAUAAGCUUUGCCAUCUUUCUUUAAAACUUUAUCAAACCAGUUUUUUAUGUCCUUAGAAACAAGUAAUCACAAAACCCAGUGAAACAUUUUGGACAUAAUACAAAUGCCUUAAUUUUUAUUUGUUUUGUAUGUGGUAUUUUUCAAAUUAGAUCAUAUAUUCAGUUGGCUAUUUCAAGGUGAUCUUUCUAAGAAAAAAAAAAUUCAGCACUGUAGAAGAAAGGGGAGGAAAUUUUGAGAAUUAAACAGAAUUAUCAAGAUGAGGGUAGAUUUCUGUAAAUCUCUGUAAUAGCUUAAAGAGGGAGGGAAGCCGUUUCUCUUCAUGUUAAAUGUAUGAUGGUUUUAUGUAAAGAGUAACUCCACUGAGUUAUUCCCUUCAAUGGGCUAAAUGCCUAGCACCAUAUUAUUCAUAAUAAAUCAAAAGUUUAGGAUGUCUGCUUAGAUUUUGUGAGUUUCUGUUUAUUUUCAAAAAUAGCUCUUGAUGCCAUUGAACAUAUUGGCUAAUCACACUGAAUUAUCUUAUAGAUUGAAAGUAAUUAAUGAAACUUAUUAUAUCAUUUUUAAUAUAUGUUCUUGAUUUAAAAUGGUUGGAAAGGGAGGUUAGGAUUUGGGGGCUGAAAAUCCAUCUCUUUUCUCAGAGUAGAUUCAUUAGCAAUUUACUUUUCUCCACUUAAUUAACCAAAUGGAGGGGCAUCUGUUUAAGCCACAGACCUCUGUAUUUUGGAAUGGGCCCUCCAUAUCCAACCUAUGAUGAAACAACAGAUAAAAAACAUCAGCACCCCCAGUGAGAAUCAUGGGUUGCUCCCUUUGUAACCUUCCCCAAAGUACAUCCAUGAUCCUUCUGCAUUCCUAGAAGUUAGCACAGCCAAAGCAAUCUGCAAAAAAUAAAUCAAAUGAUUUAUUUGAAGUGAUGUUUCAAAACUCAACAGAAGGCAAGCGUUUGAAAUAAUUGUACAUGGAAGAAGAUAUGCAUAAAACACAUGAAAUUUAAAAUCCACACAUAUUUUUCAAUAUUAUAUCUCCAUACUUUAUUUGCCCCCAUUCUUUCCUAUAGAAUCCAUAUUGAAUCCAGUCAUUGUCUUUAUGUAUCAGUCCAAACUUAUACACCAAAAAGAAAAUGGGGCACUGGCAAAGAACCCUAUGUUUUGUUUCUUAAAGUUACUGUAUGGUUUUCUUUGAAGCACUGAAAUUAUAGGAGAAGAUCAAUUACUUGAAGUGGAUACCUGUAAGUUAGUUAGGUUUUAUUAUACUUCUAAUUUUAGUGAUAGUGAAGAGGAAUAAUUAUCACUGGAAUGUAAAUAGAAAGCAGUACAUAGAAAUAAUGUGAUCUCCAAUAUUGUGCAGUGCAAUCAUCAAGCUGCUUGGAAAAAAAAUCAGUGUUCUAUUGUUAUCUAUCUAAACCUCUGACUUGGAAAAUUGUAAUUAUUAAUUUUUAUUUUCUGUUCCUUUUUAGAACACAAUAGAAACCUGCACAGGUUUUACCCUGAAAUAUCUUCCAGGUUAUAUCCAAAAUACAGAUACUUCUUUCAUCAUGUCCUACAAAGCCAUUUAAUCACUCGUAUUCCUUUGUGGAUCAGUUAAGCAAAACCAUAUAACUCUUAUUCUAGAGACAGAAAGGCAAUUCUGAAUGGCUUUGAACAAUGCAUAACAUGGGAUUUUACAUACUGCAACUACCUCCACUGUCAGUUGUGCAUGAGGUUUGCAUCUAAAACCUGACAGCAAUAGGAGUGAAUUCUGAACACUAAAAGACUCUGCCAUGUCACUGGUACUUCCUAUUUCCCCCAUUAUGUAAUGCUAAUGACUACUCUGAGCCUUUCAGAAUUUCAAUAAGAGCCAAAGCUUAGUGCAGUUCCUGUCCUCUUUCCAAGCACUUCAAAUUCAAGAUUACAUAUUUUCAGUUUUCCACAUAUAUGUUAAUUGUGGCCUGGUGUAUAUGUUACUGAAAUCACAUAUCUGCUGUUUUUCCAUAACUUCCUUAUUUUUCCAGUAAGACUUGAAUGAUUAAUUGCAUGGAGUCUUAGCCCAUUUGUAAAUACUACCUAUGCAAUCUAACCAUUCCACAUAAUAGUUUCUUUCAAGUGCUAUCAGAGUGGCCAGGGAUCUAGUGGUGGAAUAUGGCAGCAGUGGAAAAAACAAGCAUGCUGCUUUAAUAAUGUAUGGAUUGGACCUCUGUGGUUGGUAUGAGAAGCAAAAUUGCUUUCCAAUUACAUCCAGUUCUUUUAAUUGAACUCCUCCUUAUUUUAGAGGGCUUCUCAGUGAGAAGAAAGGGAAUAAUUUUGAAACUGUAAGAAGAGAAAACAGCUUAUAAUGAAAGAUAAGAGUAACUCCACUAUAUGAGAAAUGGAGAAAUGGUGAUAGAAAUUAGGUCUACAGGGUUUCCAUUACCAAUGUUAUGUUGGAAAUUGGUUCAAUAGGUGAGUCCUACAGAACAGCUCAAAUGUGCAAAAUACCUGGGCCAUUGUAAAAAAUGCAUACGUUGUCUUUUAGGAAUAAGGUUAAGCAAGCACAGGAAAUAUUAAUAAACGAUGGUUGGAGAGUCUUUGAGACCAGUCUUCCUUUCAAUAUGUGGCUGAGCUUUGAAUAGACAUUUCCUAUUUGUUCUGAUUAACUAAGGAGAAACGUUGCUCCUCGCAGCAGUGAAGGCAAUGCAAUCUUUUAAAUGCACACACAUACAUGCACAUAAAUGUAUGGUGAAUAUAGAGUAUGUAUUUCCAAAAAGUAUAUUACUGUUUUUCUAGCCUAAUAGAAUAAAUUACAUUUAGACUGUACAGAUUCACAUGGAAUAUGGAGACCAUAUAAAUAGAAUUGUGUUUCAUUCUUGACCAUAAUCAUAACACAAAGCUUUUUCUCUUGACAAAAAGGUAUGGAGGCACUUAUCUAUGUUGUUGCCUUGCAAUAUUUUUAAAAGCAAAAAUUGAAAGCUUGUAUUAAGAUAUUCCCUAAACGUGGUCUCAGAUCAUACAGUUCUGCAGUGCUAUAUACAAAAUCUUCCCUGGUUGGGGUUCUUUAUAUAAGGCACAAAAAGGUGCUCUUUUUAACAGGGGUUUGGUAAUCAAACAAUGUUAAUAUUAAAUAUGUAUACAUAAUAUAGCCACAUACUUUAACGACAGCUUAGUCAGCAGUAUGGUUGAAUAAAUGUUACAUUGCUUGUAUUCAAUGUGUAAUUUGUCUUACUAUGAACAGUGUAAUGGUUUGUCAAGUGUCAAUUGUUUUCAUUUAAUAUGAUAUUUAAUAAAGUGUAACAGGAU